CUGGUCCACAUGGUAUGGUAAGCAGUCAUAAGUAGCAGCAGUACAGUACAUCCUGCUCAAGCUAGUAUGUCUGCUUUAGAGCUAGGAAACUCAUGAUGAUGGGAAUUAUGAGGCAUAUAGCACUCCAGGUAUGCAAUAUAAGCUGGGAGGGGAAAUUAUUCUGAUAGGACUAAAACACAUAUGGUGCUGCAGAUUCAGAGGCUACCAAUACCUCAAAUCUGGUGGGUCACUGCUUUCACAUGAGAACAACCUUUUCUAGUAUAAGCUGUAUGGUACCCUUUUAGAGAAGCCAAGAUUUUCAAGUUUUCUGAACUGUCAGUUGUGAUCAAGAAUCUUUACAUGGCAUCACCCUGCAACUGCUCCACUGCUCCAGUCUCAGAAUUCCACCUCAUCUGCUUCCCUAACUACCAGAGUUGGCAGCACUGGCUGUCCCUGCCUCUCAGCCUCCUCUUCCUCCUGGCCAUGGGGGCCAAUGCCACCCUUCUGAUCACCAUCCGGCUGGAGGCAUCUCUGCAUGAGCCCAUGUACUACCUGCUCAGCCUCCUCUCCCUGCUGGACAUCGUGCUCUGCCUCACUGUCAUCCCCAAGGUCCUGGCCAUCUUCUGGUUUGACCUCAGAUCCAUCAGCUUCUCUGCCUGCUUCUUUCAAAUGUUUGUCAUGAAUAGUUUCCUGACCAUGGAGUCCUGUACAUUCAUGGUCAUGGCCUAUGACCGCUAUGUGGCCAUCUGCCACCCACUACGAUACUCAUCCAUCAUCACUGAUCAAUUUGUGGCUAGGGCUGCCACAUUUGUUGUGGCCCGGAAUGGCAUUCUUACUAUGCCUAUCCCUAUCCUUUCUUCCCGACUCAGAUAUUGUGCAGAGAACAUCAUCAAGAACUGCAUCUGCACUAACUUGUCUGUGUCCAAACUCUCCUGUGAUGACAUCACCUUCAACCGGCUCUACCAGUUUGUGACAGGCUGGACCCUACUGGGCUCUGACCUCAUCCUUAUUGUUCUCUCCUACUCCUUCAUCCUGAAAGCUGUGCUAAGGAUCAAGGCUGAGGGAGCUGCAGCCAAGGCCCUGAGCACAUGUGGUUCUCACUUCAUCCUCAUUCUCUUCUUCAGCACAGUCCUGCUGGUUCUGGUCAUCACCAACCUGGCCAGGAAGAGAAUCCCCCCAGAUGUCCCCAUCCUGCUCAACAUCCUGCACCACCUGAUCCCCCCAGCUCUGAACCCCAUUGUUUAUGGUGUGAGAACCAAGGAGAUCAAGCAAGGAAUUCAGAAAUUGCUGAGGAGUUUGUAAGAACUAAAAUAUGUGAGAUUUGACUUUGGGAACAGAAGCUGAUAAUGGAGAAUAAUUUUAAUGAUGCAUAGAAAAAUUUAUAUAGUUACUGCAGGAAUAAGUAUGGGUUUUUCUCUCCCCAAUGUUUCAAGUGAUUAUGGUGAAACCUAUAUUUUGGCUCCUGUUUUCUAUUGCAGUGCCUUUUUUGCAUUCUGGAGUUACCUGGAAGUUUCUCCUAGCUUCAUCUCUGUGAAAGGGACUUGUCAAGCCAUAAUCACAGGAGCUUAAUUAGAGUACUAUUGUUUUUAAAAUAAGGAAUAAGUGGUAGUCUAAUCAUUUCUCAUACCACUCAAUUUACUCAAUUAAUAUUUCGAUAUGUAUUAGGCCUCUUGGUUCUACUUGAGAUCUACAGAUCAAAUUGGUUUUGUGCCAUGAAUGGGUCUCUUAUGGACAUACAGAAAGUUGGCUCCAGAACCUGAAUUCUUACAGUCAAGUGAAUACCAUAUACCAUCCAUUGUCUCCUCUAGUUCUGCCAGAUCCUAUUAAUACCUUUUUCUCAUGAUACUUCUCUGUGAUAUAAAUUUCCUGUAGCU